UGUCUGCAUUUCACAUUCACAACAGUCAUGCUGCCAGGAAGAGCUCAGCAGGCUUUUCUCUCAGCUCUCCACUGAAACCAGGAAAAGGCAACACGACAUAGAACACUGAAUCUAUUUGAUUAUUUCUGCAGAAAGUAAGUGUUUGAGCCGCUUCAGGAUGAAGAGAGCUGCGUGUUUCCUGAUCUCUGUGUACGCAGCAGCUCCUGUCAUCCUCUACCUGCUGCCCUGGAUCCUGGGACAUGUCAUAUUCUGUCACUUCUUGAAGUUUCCAUUCUCGGUGGAUCUGAGCCGCCCUGCAGACGUCCUGAACCACACCUGCAACUUCUACCUGAGCCCGGAGGAGGGGGUCUCCGUGGGGGUCUGGCAUACGCUUCCUGCCAGCCAAUGGGAGGGGUCCGUGGGGAGGGGCCCUGAGUGGUACCGGGAGGCCCUGGGCGACGGCCGGCCUGUUAUUAUCUAUCUCCAUGGAAACUUAGGGACCAGAGCUAUACAUCACAGAGUGGAGCUGGUGAAGAUUUUAAGUGCUGCAGGUUACCACGUCUUAUCUUUAGACUACAGAGGCUUUGGAGACUCCACUGGAGAGCCCAGUGAGGAAGGGUUAACCAGGGACGCCCUCUGCCUGCACGACUGGGUACUGCAGCACAGCAGGGGGGCUGCAGUGGCUCUGUGGGGACACUCUCUGGGAUCAGGAGUCGCAACCAAUACUGCAGUGAAAUUACAAGAUCAAGGCUCUGCUGUUGACGCUGUGAUUCUGGAAGCUGCGUUCACAACAAUCGGAGAAGUGGUCGCCAUUCAUCCCGUCACGAAGAUGUACAUGUUCCUGCCAGGAUUUGAGAGCUUGAUUUGGAGCAUUUUGCACAUGAACAACAUUGUGUUUGCUAGUGAUAAAAAUUUGCAGACGGUGAGCAGUCCUCUCCUCAUCCUGCAUUCAGAGGACGAUCACAUUGUUCCCUAUCAAAUGGGGCUGAAGCUGUACGAGAUAUCCCUGCAGGCUCAGAAACAGUAUAAAACAGAUGUCCAGGUGGAGAUGAUUUCCUACAGCGCAGAUCUGGGGUACUCCCACAACAACAUCUACUUAGACCCAAAUCUGACCAACAGGCUCGGGAAUUUUCUACAAACCCUGAGAAAGUAGAGCGUCCUGCGGAGAAGUAAAACAACGACGAAGAGAUUCCAACAUACAUAUUUAUUUUUGUCACACGAACAAAAGCACUGAUUAUACAAUUUAAAUUACAGAAUACAUGUUUGUUUAACACUGAGAAAAAGCACUUUAAAUAAUAAAUGACGUUUUUUUCCCCCUUAAAUGAUACAGAUGUAAAUGCAUGUUUGUUCUGCCUGCAGCACACUCAGGCUUUGUCGCUCAUUAAAUGCAGCAUGAAUUUGCAGGAAUGUAAUUUAAAUCCAGUUUAUUUUGCUGCUCUGUUUCUGACGUCCCACUGAACUCCAGGAAUAUUAAGUUAUUUAACCCCCCACUGUAUGUGUUGAUGUUUUUAGGACUGUAACAGACAUUUCUAUUUAAUGCAAGUGCUUUGAAUGUACGGAAGCCCUGAGAGGCAAGCAAGAAAUAAAACUGGUUAUCUAAGUGUGA